AGUACGCAGGCGUGAAAUCGAAAUUUUCCCAAAAUGGCGGACAGCGUGCAUGCGAUUAGAGCUCGGAAAUGGAGGUACAUUUGCAAACCGGCAACGUUAGUUUAGCUGUAAAAAACAUCGUUCUUUCAGAGAAUGCGUUUGAUUCCUCGCAAAGCGGAUUUUUACAAAUUUGCGUAUUUGAAAUGUCGCACAUUCUCCCAGUGGACAGGUGAGAUUUCAGUGUAUAGGUCAUUAUCACACAAUCCUUUUGAAAACUUAGCAUUUGAAGACUGGGUUUAUCUUAAUGGUGACUUAACAAACAAAAGAAUACUAUUUUUGUGGAGGAAUGAACCUACGGUAAUUUUGUGUUUUUCAUUUAAAAACCGUAAUGUACACUUGGCAAGGAGAAAAAGUGGAGGUGGAACAGUUUAUCAUGAUUUAGGUAAUGUCAAUUUGUCGUUCUUUACACCUCGGGAGUUAUACAACCGUAAAGAAAACUUAGCCCUUAUCGUAAAAGUUUUGCGAGAAAGAUGGAAACUUGAUGUUGAAGCUUCUCCCAGAGAUGAUAUACUUGUUGAUGGAAAUUUCAAAAUCUCAGGUUCUUCUUCUAAGCUUGGUCGAGCUGUAGCAUUUCAUCACUGUACAUUACUCCUGGAUGCAGAUGAACAUUUACUCAAAUUCCUUCUCCAUCCUUCUUAUACAGACUUCUCCAGUAAAGCUACACAAAGUGUUAAAUCAGAAGUCAUGAACUUAUCCAUGAAAGACUUGUCACUAAACUUUGAUGCUGUAACAGAGGCAGUGGCACAGUUGUUUUGUCAGAUUUAUGCUCCAGGAAAGGAUGUUGAAAUAAAGGAUAUUGAUCCAUCAAGAGAGGAUCACUUUCCUGGAAUAACAGCUUUCAAGGAGGAGCUCCAGGAGUGGAAGUGGAUUUAUGGCAAAACACCAAGAUUUACUGUCACCUUUUCAACCACCCUUUCAUCCAAACACAUAUCCCUGAAAAUCACCUCUUAUCAUGGAUUGAUAGAAAAUGUUGACAUCCAGUGUGACGAAGAGGAAAUGCACAGCCUCUUAACAGAUCUUGUCAGUGAGUUAAAAGGAGUGAAAUUUGACGCUGGUGAUAUUGAGGUAGCACUGUUGGCUCAUGUGAACUCUGCAUCACUCACAGUAUUAGAUAGGCAGCUUUGUUACCAGUUGAUACAAUGGAUUGUCCAUGUUAUAUGAAUCAGAACUAAAAUGAAGUAAGUCUGAUUGCAGCCAUAAAAUCUUGUACACUUGCUGACUGGUAAGCUGCCUGGGGCAAGCAGCUAUAUUAUUCUCUUGUCUUAAUAUUUGCAUAAUAAUAUUUUAUAUUUAUUAUUUAACUACUGCCAUGAGCAAAGGGUUUCUGGGUGGAAUGUGUAGAACCACUGUCCGUCCACUAUUAGAGCUAGUCUCCUUCGCAUCUGUUAGUGGGGAGAAGCGUUACUCCCUGUGUCAUGAAAAUAAAUUAAUAUUAUUUUGCUAUCAGAGCUUUCUGAUUACUGAAUUCUGGCUUCAGUUCUGUUCAGAAAGGGCGAGUCAAGUAAUUACUACAUAGUCAGCUUCUUGAACUGAAGAUGUUUGUUAAUGGAAAUGUCAGGCUACAUGUAACCCAACAACAGAUCUUGGAGCUUACCAGUAAUGGACUUGUUGAGGAAAUUAAUGAAUGGAGAUACUUCUAUUCUGCUUUAUUGUGUCUUUUUUUUUAAUAUUUUACAUACAGUCAUAAAUUGAUGACUUCUCAGUAACGAUGACCAUGACAACUUAGUUGGACAACUAGAGAUACAUGUAGCAGACAUGUGAAAUGUUCCUCAUAACAUCAGUACUUAUAUUAAUGUUUUAUAAGCUAGAAGUCGUAAUAAUUAAAAUUCAUUGUUAAGAAAGUGAUGACAAGUCACACAAUGAACAAAGAUCUAAAUGUUAUUAACCCUUAAAGUUAUACUAAUUAAACUAAUUAACAAAAUAAUUAUUAAUAUUCAAAAUUGUUUACUGGCUAGUAAAUACAUGUAUUGCUGGUUAACCAAUAUGUUUUAUCCAGCAAUUAAAACUUUAAAAGUAAAACCUUUUAAAAAAAUUACAUUAAUUAUGAGAAAGAACUGUAACAUGCACCACACAGUUGAAUGGAUUUCUGCUAUUACAGUGUUGAAUUAUUGCGUAUUAUUGAAAUUACAAAGUCCCGUGAAUGACUGUGUAUCUGGCAUUCCUAUAAUUAUUUGUGAGCAGACACAACAUUUAUAUGUAUUGAUAGAACCAACAUUUAGAAAAUAAAUGCCUUCUUGUCAGUUGGUUGAUUUUUAAACAAAACUAUUGCCAUCUUGGUCUCUCAGUUAAUGAUCUUGAAUGGGCCAGGGUUCCCUUUCUUGGCCUGAAAGAUUGAACAUAUUAAGUGUUGUAUGUUAUUAUAAAUCCAUACAAAAUGGAAAAUUCAGCAAACAUUUCUUUCUAGUUACCAGCAAGGUGUUUUCCACAAUUCAAGAGUGUGCUCAUCAGUUACAAAAUAUUGAAAUUACAGGAAAUUAGAGACAAAACUCUUUUUUUCACUUACAUUGAAAUCAAAUCUUUGUUUUAGGUAAGUUCUGAUAAAUGGCUCUAUAAAUUAGGUAAAAAUAAAUUCUUAAUUAGACAGUAUAGGCAAUGCUGUGUAAUUUUAAGUCAAUAAAGUGAAAACUGUGUCUGCCAGCAGUUUA